AUGACCUUGCUCGCGCAGCUAGAGAUACAAUAUGCAGACGGCGUGCAAGAAGUCAUCUGCACUGAUGACACAUGGCAGACCACGCCGGGGCCGACUCGUUUAGCCGAGAUCUAUGACGGGGAGAAAUACGAUGCAAAUCUCGAGAUCCCGGGCUGGUCCACUGGAGGCGGCACGAAUCCAGGUGUCUGGCGCAAUGCAACAGCACUCGAGAGCCUCCCAGAAACGACGAAAUUGAUUCCAGGCACGGGUGAACCUGUCCGGGCAGUCGAGGUACUGAAGCCUGUUCGCCAUAUUUACACACCCAGCGGCAAAUCCAUCCUUGAUUCGGCCAGAACUGCACGGGCUAUACACGGAUCAAAAAGGUCAGGGGAGCGGACGCCUGCGAUCAGUAUACCUUCAGUGGUGCAACUGAGGGAGAGUCCUGGAGGCCCAGGUUCACGUUCCACGGAUUCCGGUAUGCGCAAGUGGACGGGGUGGCCGGCUUCAGCGGAGGCGGGAAAUUCCAUGAUGGAUUGCUUCGAGGUAAUGGUGUGUCAUUCCGCCAUGGAGCCCGUUGGGACCUUCUCCUGUUCCGACCCUCGAUUGGAAAAACUGCAUACAAACGUGAAGUGGAGCAUGCGCAGCAAUUUUGUUUCCAUCCCAACCGAUUGCCCGCAGCGUGAUGAGAGACUGGGAUGGACCGGGGAUCUCGCCCUGUUCGCUCCGGCCGCGACAUUGUUGUACAACUGCUAUGGCCUCGUGUCAAAUUGGUUGGUCGACGUCAGAGGAGAUCAGGAUGAGCUAGAUGGGAUUCCACCGGUGGUGAGCCCCAAUGUGGUCAAAGAGGACUCGGUCUGGGGAAAGGUAACCCCGUUCGUCAUCUGGCACGAUUGCAACAUCCUCGGACCGUGGGCUUUGUACCAGGCCACGGGCGAUUCGACCAUACUGGCCUCUUCGUACGAGAGCAUGACUACCUGGCUGGACCGGAUACCACGAAACAAAACGCGAGGCACCAUUCUGUGGGAUCCCAACUUGUUCCAACUUGGGGAUUGGCUGGAUCCUUCGGCCUCGCCUCACGAUGCUGCGAAUGCACAGACCGAUAGUGUAUUAGCUGAUGCCUUCUUGAUCCACUCCCUCGAGACCAUGGCGAACGUGUGUGCAUUAUUAGAGGCCGGGAGCACCCAGGCAGAUGCAUAUCGCGCCGCGGCUGAACGAUACAGAUCCGAGACCCAGCAAGCAAAGUCAGCGUUCCAAAACGAGUACAUCUCGCCCAGCGGUAGAGUGGUCUCAGACUCACAGGCCGCGUACGCUCUGGCUAUAGUUUUUGACCUCUUCGAAACACGUGCGCAAAAGAUGCGCGCCGGAGAGCGUCUGGCAGAGAUAGUGUGCAGGAACGAUUUCAAAGUCGGCACCGGUUUCGCGGGAACACCGUUCGUGUGCGAGGCCCUCGCGCUGGCGAACCAGACCACCGUGGCGUACGGUAUGCUGCUCAACGAGCAGUGUCCGUCGUGGCUCUACCCAGUGACGAUGGGUGCCACCACCGUGUGGGAGCGCUGGGACAGCAUGUUACCUGACGGCACAAUCAACCCCGGCUCCAUGACAAGCUUCAAUCACUACGCGUUCGGCGCGGUCAUCACCUUCUUCUAUGAACGCAUGGUCGGACUCAAACGGCUCGAGCCCGGCUGGAAGAGGGCCAGCUUCACACCAACUCCUGGGGGAGGCCUGACGCACUCGCAAGCUUCUGUCCCGACUCCGUACGGCGAGCUGUCAUGUACCUGGAGCCUGGAUCGGAAGGGCGGCGAGCAGGUCGAUGGCGAGCAACCCAACGCUCUCCAAGUUGCCGUCGUGGUGCCGGCAAAUGUGGUUGUGGAAUUGGUUCUCCCGUCCAGUGUAGCGGACUCGGAAAGAAAGCAAAGCAUUCAGGAGCUCUCAUCCGGCAACUGGUCUUUCUCUGUUCCAUGGGUUGGGUCUUCUGGUGCAGAAUGGCCUGUCAAGCCCAUUCACGUCAACCCCUUUCGCCAAUAG